AUGGCUUCCAAUUCAUCCACCGACUUUGGUGGAAGCACCUUCGAUCCAGAGAAUGUCAAUCUGACCUCUGCUGACCCUCGAGAUGUGAUCUGUGCCCUUGCGGAAUCGGGGAAUGACUAUAAUGGACAACUUGGCGCAAGGAUAUCGGCUCUCUUCGUCAUCCUCAUCGUCUCAUCUGCAGCGACAUUCUUCCCUGUUUUCGCAAAGAGAAUCCCACGCCUCCACAUUCCACUCUAUGUGUACCUAUUCGCGCGGUACUUUGGUGCAGGAGUUAUCGUCGCCACGGCCUUUAUCCACCUACUUGAUCCGGCAUAUGCUGAGAUCGGACCUGAAACGUGUGUCGGCAUGACAGGAGGCUGGGCCGACUAUGCAUGGUGUCCGGCUAUUGUCCUCACUUCUGUGGUGGUUAUCUUCCUCUUUGAUUUCGGCGCCGAACGAUAUGUAGAAGUAAAAUACGGCAUCGACAGUGAAGCAGACUUGCAAGAAGCGGUAACCGGGUAUACCGACAGAAUGCCAACCGAGGCACAGCGGGACCGAGCGAUGAGCACUGCGUCAAUACGUCGCGAACAUGAAGAGCGACGGAAGUCGUCUGCGUAUGAGAAGAGGUUCAUGGAGGAUUUCGCCGUGGAUGAAGAAGACAGUGAGAUUCGCAAGAACUCGUUCCGACAACAAAUCGCCGCCUUCCUGAUUCUGGAAUUUGGCGUUAUCUUCCACUCCGUGGUUAUCGGCCUCAAUCUAGGUGUCGUGGGAGACGAAUUCAGCACUCUGUACCCAGUUUUGGUCUUCCACCAGUCCUUCGAAGGACUCGGGAUUGGUGCGAGAAUGUCGGCUAUCCCGUUCAAGCGGGGGAGCUGGUUGCCGUGGAUCCUUUGCGCCGCCUACGGACUGACGACGCCCAUUGCCAUCGCCAUCGGCCUAGGAGUCCGGACGACAUAUAACCCCAACUCUUUUACAGCGAACGUGGUCAGUGGCGUCUUGGAUUCCAUGUCCGCCGGCAUUCUGAUCUAUACUGGACUUGUCGAGUUGCUGGCGCGGGACUUUCUGUUCAAUCCUCUGCGGACGAAGGAUAACAAGCGACUGGCGUUCAUGAUUCUCAAUGUGUUGUUGGGUGCGGGUUUGAUGGCCUUGCUUGGGAAAUGGGCUUAG